AUGGGUUUCAAGGAGCUCCGGAGAGCAUCGCCAUGUUCUUCCCUGCACCAACGGUACAUCAAAUCCCAACGCGGCAACUGCGGAGAUAGGUAUACACCAACUUUACGCCGUGUCAAGAGUUUCUACAAUCCUCCGAAAGACUUUGCGCUCAUUUUCGCAUUGUCGAUUUCGAGUCGUGAAGAUUCGAUGGUGGAGGUGGAGAUCGAUACGUCGGAUUUCGUGAUCACAAUCGAAGUACCGUUGCAAAUGCAUAAUCAUAAUCCUCGUACCGAGGUGCAGAUGGGAACGAUUUUGGAAAGGGAGGAACUGGAGUGCCCGGAAUGUGAUAGGGAGUUUGGGGGGGAACAUGGAGUGGAGGAUUUGGCAUUGCAUUUUAAUCAUGUGCAUUGGAAGAGAAGGGUUGAGAGGAGGAAGUGCUUGAGUAUGGGAUAG